AUGAACAAAAAUAAAUGUUUGCAAUGUUCAGAGGCAAAAGGUCAGGGGAAGGCUGUUAAAUGUUCUCAGUAUGAGUACUUUGCGCAUGCGAACUGUGUUUCAAUAUCUGAAGAAGUUUGCAACCUUUUGGAUUCCAGUACCAACCUCAGAUGGUUCUGUGAUAGAUGCUCAAAGCUCGAGAAUAUCAACGCAGCAUUAGAAAGUAAUAAAGAAAAGUUAAACCAGCUUGAGAGCACUGAUGUUUUUCGUGGUGAAUUGAACAUUUUGAAGAAUGAUAUAAAAGUAUCUUUUGCAGAUAUCGUCAGUUGCGGGAUUAAAGGGCACGCUGAUGAUAUCAAGGCCGAAGUCAAAACAGUCCAGACGACAAUAAAUGAUGCUAAACAAAUCAAAGAAAGAGAAAAUAAUCUAAUUAUGUUUCAUUUGCCUGAGAGCGACGGUGACCGGACUCGAAAAAAAUCAGACGAUCAUACCCGACCGCUGUUGUUGAAAAUGGAUAGUGUUGACAUAAAAAACAUGAUAAUUAAAAAUGUCUCUAAAUUACAAUCGCUUGAUGUCAGCCUAGGUCGCAUUGGACUCAAUCACAAUCUUUCCCCAGAGCAGAGAAAAAAACUGAGGUCAAAGAUAGAGGAGGCAAGGGCAUUGGAGGCUUCUGAUAAGGGUUUUUUUAUACCGUGUAAGAGGCCAGGUUGGCAAAUGGAGGGUGGUGAAAUUUCCGGUAACUCAGAGACAGACCUAGGUGUUCAACUGACGGAUGCUAAUGAUGUCGGUGGUGAUGAUGGCACUGGUGGUGGUGGUUUUAUUGGUAAUGCUUGUGGGUAUGAUAAUGGCCGUGGUGGUGAUACUAAAAAAUAUUCGAUAUCAAAUUGUAAUGUUAAUGAUUUUAAAAAUUAUGGUCAUAUUAGUGGAAGUGAUGGAGUUGGUGGUAAAGAUGGUGGUGGCAGUUUUAUCAUGAAAGAUCCUGACGCGCUCGGGGUUGUUGGUAACGAUUAUUUGGAUUCUUCUCUCGACGGUAAUAAAUGUUUAAUGAUGAAAGGCACUGGCAAUGAUUUAAAUGGUAAUGAUCGUUAUGCAAGUGGUGGCUUUAAUGAUCGUAAAAAGUUAGGUAGUAACAAUGUAAUAAAAGGUGGUGCUGUUGGCUUUAAUGAUCGUAAAAAGGUAGGUAAUAAUAAUGUAAUGAAAGGUGGUGCUGUUGGUAGAAAUACUGCUGGAAUUGAAAAUGAUCGGACUAAUAAUAAUUUUUGUGUGGUUAAAAUAAAAUUGGGUUUACUAAAUAUAAGAUCGAUUGGCUCAAAGUACAACACCAUUUAUGAUUUGAUCAGUGAUGGUUUGGAUAUUUUUGUUGUUACUGAAAUGGCAUGGUUCAUCAGAAAAUCCCUACAUUGCGUUGUCCACUCCUCCUGGUUACCGCUUUGUAGAUUGUGUGAGAGAUCCAUGGAAAUCAAAAAUUUGGCCAAUAAAACCGUUGAAGAAAUUGAGAGAAGGUGUAAAAUAGUUGAAAAACAAAGAGAUUUUGUUGCUGAAGCGUUCAGGAAACAAUUGAAACUUGUCAACCUCUACAAAAAUGUUUUGGUUUUAACGGAAACUCAUAAAAUGUUAACUCUAUCUGAAGAUGAAUUUCAAGUUUUCGUAACCAACUCGCUGGCUGGAAAUCAAACAUCUUCUUGA